ACAUGCAUGUAACAAUGUUGAGCCAAGCACAUAAUAUAAACACUGAAUUGUCGCAAUUAAGCAAAACAUUUGUGAAGUAUUCAAAUUGUUGAGAAUUCCAUGCUGCGACAUGGCUUUAAAGAUCUUCUUUUUUGCUCUAACUUUGUUCCUGCUUGAUGUUAAUGCCUUUUCAAACAAUUCGUAUUUUAUAACGGCUCCGUACACAUUUCGACCCGGGAUGUCUGUGAAAAUGAGCGUUCUCAUUCUGAGAGCAAUGCCGCAUGAUGCCCCGGUUACAAUCAACGUGAAGUUCUCAAUUGAUGUUAAGCAAAUUGCAUCUGCUUCUGGAGUUUUUAACGCAGGACAAACUGGUUCACUUCUACUUCAAAUUCCAUCAGAAGGAUUUCCAGAGAACAGUGACAACUAUCGUACAAAUAAAUAUUUAUACAUCACUGGUUCUGGUGGGUUGACAUUUAACGAGACAAGACAAGCUAAUUUCAUUACGUUUGAGAUGAAAGGAUUCACAAUAUAUGUCCAAACUGACAAAGGCAUUUAUAAACCAGGACAAACAGUUCACAUGAGAAUUCUGGCAGUUUACCCAAGUCUGAAAGUUCUUAUUGGAAAGAUGACAAUAACUGUAUCAGAUCCCAAGGGCAAUAAGCUUGCCUUGUGGAAAGAUGUGAGCAGUGCUUCAGGCAUAGUUUCUAAAGAUUUUGAACUAUCCUCCCAGCCAAACAUGGGUGAAUGGAAAAUAUCAGUUGAGAUUGAGAAUGUAAAGAAGGAGACAAAAUUUGAUGUCAAGGAAUAUGUUCUCCCAAAAUAUGAAGUAAAAAUCUUAACAAGCAGUUAUGCAUCAAAAGGAAAUGGAGAUAUACAAGGAACUAUUACAGCUAAGUAUACUUAUGGAAAAGGAGUAAAAGGAAAGGCCAAGUUGUCUGCUUAUUCCAGCUAUGACUUUGUUAGGAAGUAUGAACUGAAUUUUGAUGAUUUUGACGGAAGUCAUGAAUUUUUAAUACCAAAGGAGAAGGUUGAAUGGUUGCACACCCACAGCAAUCCUUAUCAAAAUAAUUAUGGCUCGGAGCUUAAGUUGAAUGCAUCUGUAACAGAAACACUGACAAAGAAGACGUAUUCUGGCAAAACGACUGUGAAACUGUACCGAAGUGCAGUCACUCUUAAGUAUGCUGAUUCGAACCCUGAAACUUUUAAAACUGGCUUCCCAUUUCAAGCGCUGAUUGAAGUAACUCGACAAGACGGCAGUCCUCUGGCUGAUCACAUAGUCAUCGUCACAUCAACAACCAAACCUGAUGAUCGAGCAAUUUCAUCCACUUAUGCAAGCGAUAAGGAUGGCUAUGUUAUUUUUCGCCGAAAUAUUGGGCAAAAUAUCAGCAGUCUACGCAUUGAGGCAAAGACCAGAGAUAGGUUCGGUGAAGAAGUCAGCAUGCAUCGUAAAUCAUUGUUGAAAUUCAGGUCAAAUAGCAAUACAUAUCUGGGUGUAACAGCCGAGAGUUAUGAAGUUCAGGCUGGGAAAGAAAUCGUUUGUCAUGUCAAAUCAACAGAGAAAUUUGGAUCCCUAAAUUUCAUUCUACUCUCGCGAGGAAAUACGAUAGAAUCGAAAACCGUAAUUCAUAACCCCUUCGUUCAAACUGCAACCUUGAAGUUCAUGGCUACCAGUAUCAUGUCGCCGACAGCAAAGAUUGUGGUAUAUUUUAUACGAAACGAUGGAGAACUUGUGGCCGACAGUGUUACAGUUAAAGUAAAUGGGGCUUUUGAGAACGAUGUUUCUGUUGAGUUUAACACCACUCAAACCAAGCCAGGAGAGAAUGUUACUGUCAACGUGAAGGCUUCGCCGAAUUCUGAAGUUGGACUGUUGGCAGUUGACAAGAGUGUACUCUUGUUGGAUGAAGGAAAUGACUUCUCUGUGUCCCAGGUGAUGGAAGAGUUAGAAAGUUAUGGCGGGGAUGGGUCAUUCCCCCCCUGGUGGCGAUGGAGACGACGUCGAUCAUUCUUCCCAUGGUACCCCAGGGCGCAAGACUCACUCCAGAUAUUCGAGGGAGUGAAACUGCGGGUCAUAUCGGACUGUAAAGGUGUUAGAAAUAAUAAUAACUUCCGUUAUCCUUAUGAUUAUUCCCGAUUUCCUUUAAUGGAGAGAAUGGACAUGAAUGUCAAAGCAGGUUUGCCAUUAAAAGAAGUGACUAAAGUCAGAACCAUCUUUCCAGAGACUUGGCUAUGGGAAACUACUCGUACAAAUUCAGCGGGGCAAGCGCAGGUGCUGAGUAAAUCACCAGAUACCAUUACGUCAUGGGUGUUGAGUGGUUUUUCUGUUUCCAAUGUAACAGGCUUUGGAGUGGCAAACGAGAAACCCCAGCUUCGAGUAUUUCAACCAUUCUUCUUGUCCCUGGAUCUUCCAUAUUCUGUGAUCAGAGGAGAGGAAGUUGCCAUCAAAGUUAUCGUAUUUAACUACGAGAAUAAGGAAGUUAAGGUAACCGUUACCUUAAAACGUUCUGAUGACUGGGAGAAUAUGGUUGAGGAAGAUGAAAAUAGUCUCAUAAAGAACAGUGACGCAAGUGACGUUAUUCACGUCAUCAAGGUUUUGGCCAAUAGUGGAACUGCAAUAUCGUUUCCCAUAAUACCUAAAAAGCUUGGUUACAUUCCCAUCACAGUUCAUGCGCAGACCACGACGUCGGCUGAUGGUGUAAGACGAACCCUCCUGGUCGAGCCCGAGGGUAUCGAGCAAGAAUAUUCGUACAGUCUUCUUAUUGAUUUAAGUUCUUCAGCAAAGUUCACCAAAGAGUUGGAACUCGCCUUGCCGUCCGAUGUGGUCGUAGGCUCGCCCAAAGGGACGAUAUCAGUGAUUGGUGACAUUAUGGGCUCAUCAAUUAGUGGCAUAGAGAAACUGCUCAGAAUGCCCUACGGUUGCGGGGAACAAAAUAUGAUCAACUUUGCACCAAGCAUGUUCAUUCGCGCCUAUUUGGAAAACGUCGGCCAGCUUACACCAAGUAUUAAGGAAAAGUCGAUUAAAUUCAUGACGUCAGGGUACCAACGGGAAUUAACCUAUCAGCAUUCAGAUGGUUCGUACAGCGCUUUUGGUGAAGGACGUGGUGGAAGAUCGGGUAGUUUAUGGUUAACGGCCUUUGUUGUAAAGUCAUUCUCACGUGCGAAAUCCUACAUUUAUAUUGACCCUGCCGUCCAGAGAAAAAGUUUAGCCUUCAUCUUGUCAACUCAGCAAAGAGAUGGAUCAUUUUCUGAGUCUGGUCGCGUCAGUAGCUAUUUACAGGGUGGAUUAAAAUCGUCAACUCCAGAGGCCUUAACCGCGUAUGUUCUGGUGUCGCUCUUGGAAUCUGGAGAUGAAAGUUCUGAGACGAAACUGGGAAUUUCCAAAGCUGUACGAUUCCUUAAAACAAAACUAAGUGGCAUAAGCGAUGUCUACACAUUGGCAUUGAUCGCAUACGCCUUCGAACUUGCUGAUGAUACCGCUAAAGAAACUGCUUUAGAAAAACUAAUGACGAAGGCGAUUAGAGAAGAUGGAACACUACAUUGGAAACAAAGUAGUUCAGUAAAUUCCAAAUCAAGCCCUUGGCUUCGUCCAUAUUACAGACCUCCUUCAGCCGACGUUGAGAUUACAUCAUACGUUCUGUUAGUGUAUGCUCAUAGAAACAACACGCAGAAUGGGUUACCUAUUGCACAAUGGUUGGCUCAACAACGGAACUCACUUGGAGGGUAUUCUUCCACUCAGGAUACUGUGAUUGGUCUCCAGGCGCUUUCAGUUUUUGCUCCUCUCGUGUUUUCGUCUGACGUUCAUUUCACAGUAGAUGUGGGAUUGUCAGCAAAAGCUGGUUAUAGCAAAUCAUUUUCAGUGAACAAAGAUAACUUGAUUGUUUUGCAGGAAGAGGAGCUUCCAACAGUGAAUGGCAAAGUUUUGAUUUCAUCACAAGGAAAAGGAAUUGGCGUAUUACAGAUUGGAGUGACAUACAACGUUAAAAAUGCUCCAACCGAUAAUUCGUUUAAUGUCAAAGUUAAAGUGAAAAACGUCGACAAUAACAAAGUCGAAGCUGAGUCGUGUGUAAGAUACACGGGUGAUGGCCAAAAUUCUGGAAUGGCGAUUCUUGAGUUUGGUUUGCCGUCUGGAUUUAGUUUGGACCCGGACGUUGUACCCAAGCUUCUCGAAACCGAGGGAAAUAAAGUCGAAAAAAUUGAAACACCAGGAAAAAAAGCGGUCCUAUACUUUAACGAAGUCCCGAAGAGCAGUGACGUCUGUGUGAAAAUAAAAUCAGUCAGAACUCACGCUAUUGGCAAAACUCAACCAAUCCCAGUCAUCGUUUACGAUUAUUAUAAACCAGAAAAACGAGCAACAACGAUGUAUGUGACACAAGAUGAUGUCAGCGUGUGUGACGUAUGCGGUGAAUGCGCAAACUGUAAACCUCGGCCCCAGGAGACUGGUCACGCGGAACAUGUGGCUUCAAUCUCUCAUAUUUUAAUGCUUGUAUUCGCAAUUUUUCUAUACUAUAUUCACUAAGUAUAUUUGUUAGUUGCAUUAUGUAUAUACGUUAUAGCUAUAAUCUAAUCUGAUACCACAAGAACGUUGCAGUUCACCUACAAUAAUAGGAAGUUUGAGCAAGGCAACGAAGUACGAAGACGAAGACAAACUUCACAAUUUUUUAACGUCUGCGCAUCAUUUGCGCAUACUCCGCUUAAGGUCAGCGGCGAGGGUUUAACGUCUUCGUCAACGGUUUAACUACUAUUCCCAUGGCUACCUCGGCCGAAACACGUCUUCGUACUUCGUUUCCUUGCUCAAACUCGCUAAUAACAAUAGGUGAAGUAUAUAUAGUUAGAAAAGGCAAAAAUAUUCAAGACCCAAUACAACAGUAAAACUGAUGAACAUGUGCUCGCCAUUAUAUAGACAUAUAUCAACUUUAGAUAUGCUAUUUAAGACACUUGAGAAGCGGGAAUUGUAAAUUUCAUAUAUCAUGUUAUUAAUCUUGCAGACUAUUGAUAAACACUAUUUGUAUAAUUUCAGUAUUGAAAAAUGGCCUUUGAGCAUUCUGAUUGGCUCCCUCAGCAGUAACU